AUGUCCGCAGAUUUUUAUAUUCGUUACUACGUCGGACACAAGGGAAAGUUCGGCCACGAGUUUUUGGAGUUCGAAUUUCGUCCCGAUGGCAAAUUGAGGUACGCAAACAAUUCCAACUACAAAAAUGAUACGAUGAUCCGCAAAGAAGUUUACGCGCACAACUGCGUAAUGGAAGAAUUAAAACGUAUUAUUGUGGAUUCCGAAAUAAUGCAAGAAGACGAUUCUUUAUGGCCACCACCAGACAGGAUUGGAAGGCAAGAGUUGGAAAUUGUGAUUAACGAUGAACACAUUUCUUUCACCACCUCCAAAACAGGGUCUUUGGUUGAUGUUAGUCAAUCCAAAGAUCCUGAAGGAUUAAGAUGUUUCUACUACUUGGUUCAGGAUUUAAAAUGCCUGGUUUUUUCAUUAAUUGGACUCCACUUUAAAAUUAAGCCCAUAUAA